GCAAAAGAAAGCUUCUAAACUUCACAAAGCACGAAUCGCUUCCAGAUAUAUAUCUUCCACAAAUUUUUUUGCAAUCAAGUUUCACAUCCAGCUUGGAGCCAGAAAUGUUUUCACAGCGGGUGUCAAUGUUUGGGGUUUGUGACUACUGUACAGAGAGCAUUCAUGGCUGAUAUUUUCACAGGGAAGCAUGUACCUACUUUGAAUGCACUGUUUAUUUAAGCUUUUACAUUAUGAAUCGUUCCCCUGGUGUGGAGUUAAUUUUACUGGUCUUGCAGAGGAGCCUUUGUACACGAAAAGGCAGUUUCUGGCAUAAAAAUUAAAGACAACCAAAGGGGAUUAUAAAGAAACCUUUUAAUUGGCAGAGGAGGAAUCGCCACGUGGUCGCAGGAAACUCAACACUGCUCAAGUGCACGAUUUGGGAGUCGGUGGUAAACGUUUGCUGUGAUGUGGACAAGAGAUAAUGAAACUCUGUACCUUCUUCCUUGAGUUAGGAUUGUUUGAGUAAAUACUUUGAAAGAGGGACUGCUAAAUGAGAUAACCCAGAGCUCGUUAUUCUGGGAACAUAAGGACUUCACAAGAGCUUGCCCUCGGGAGGAUUCAAGGGAACAUCAUCUGACACUUCUUGAGCAGGUAUUGAUUGCUUCAUCCCUUACGACCAUGAGUGCAGAAGCGUGGAACUUUCUUCUUGUCUGGACUCCGAUUUUACUCUUACUUCGAAUGGCCCCACAAUAUGUCAGUGCCAAAUCUUGCCCAUCACUAUGUCGCUGUGAUGGAGGUUUCAUUUAUUGCAAUGAUAGGGAGUUGACGUCUAUUCCUUCAGGGAUACCAGAGGAUGCUACAACUCUCUACCUUCAAAAUAAUCAGAUCAACAAUGCUGGGAUACCAUCUGACCUGAGAGGCUUGGAAAAAGUGGAAAGGAUCUACCUUUACCGGAACAGUUUAGAUGAAUUUCCAAUGAAUCUCCCAAAAAAUGUUAAAGAACUGCAUCUGCAGGAAAAUAAUAUACGGACUAUAACUUAUGAUGCACUUUCACAGAUUCCUGCGAUUGAGGAGCUGCAUCUAGAUGAUAAUUCUGUGUCUGCCGUUAGCAUCGAGGAUGGGUCAUUUCGAGACAACAUUUUCCUCCGUCUUCUGUUCCUUUCCCGAAAUCACCUAAGCACAAUACCAUGGGGUCUGCCUCGAACAAUUGAAGAGUUACGUUUGGAUGAUAAUCGAAUUUCCACUAUUGCAGAGAUCUCUUUGCAGGACCUCACAAAUCUAAAACGUCUUGUUUUGGAUGGAAAUCUCUUAACCAAUAGUGGCCUUGGGGAAAGGGUCUUUAUGAACUUGGUCAAUCUGACAGAGCUGUCAUUGAUUCGAAAUUCACUGCUCUCUCCACCUGCAAACCUGCCAGGCACAAACUUGAGAAAGCUUUACCUUCAAGAGAAUCAUAUGAAUUAUGUGCCACCAAAUGCUUUUGCUGACCUUACCCAACUUUAUCGACUUGACAUGUCAACCAACAAUCUGACAUCUUUACCUCAGGGUAUUUUUGAUGACUUGGAUAAUUUGACCCAGUUAUUUCUACGAAACAAUCCUUGGUAUUGUGGCUGCAAAAUGAAAUGGGUACGUGACUGGCUUCAGUCUUUGCCUUCCAAAGUUAAUGUCCGUGGGCUGAUGUGCCAAGCACCGGAGCGCGUUAGAGGAAUGACUAUCAAAGACCUUAACAAAGAAUUAUUUGAUUGUAAAGACAGAUUUGAUACAAAUCUAAUACAAAUAACAACGACAACUAUGUUAAACACUUUGCUGCCAGCACAAGGUCAGCGGCCAGUAUCUGUGACUAAACAGCCGGAGAUAAGGCCGCCUGAUCUCAACAAAAUCUACCGAACCACCCCAAUACCAGUGAGGAAAAUUAUCACAAUAAACGUAAAAGCUGUCACUGUUGAGACCAUCCACAUUUCCUGGAAAAUUGCUCUACCAAUGAAGUCACUAAGACUAAGCUGGCAGUUGGGACACAGCCCAGUUUUUGGAUCUAUUACAGAAACGAUUGUGACAGGUGACAGAACGGAAUAUUUGCUCACAGCACUUGAGCCAGAGUCACCAUACCGCAUUUGUAUGGUUCCCAUGGAAACCGGAAACUUCUUUUUAUUGGAUGAAACGCCUGUUUGUAUCGAAACAGAGACUGCUCCACUUAAAAUGUAUAACCCCACCACAACAUUAAACAGAGAGCAGGAGAAGGAGCCUUAUAAAAACUCCAAUUUGCCUCUAGCAGCUAUCAUAGGUGGUGCAGUGGCUCUAGUGGCAAUCACACUCCUUGCUUUGGUUUGUUGGUAUGUCCAUCGGAAUGGAUCCUUGUUUUCCAGGAACUGUGCUUACAGCAAAGGCCGGAGAAGAAAAGAUGAUUAUGCGGAGGCAGGGACUAAGAAAGACAACUCCAUUUUAGAAAUUCGGGAGACCUCUUUUCAGAUGAUACCAAUAAAUAGCGAUCCAAUGACCAAGGAGGAGUUUAUAUUACACACUAUAUUUCCAUCCAAUGGAGUAACCUUGUACAAAACCAGUCACAGUGAAAGCAGCAGUAACAGAAGCUAUAGAGACAGUGGUAUUCCAGAUUCUGACCAUUCACAUUCAUGAUUAAAGGCACAACAUUUUUUAUAGAGACUAAAAUGAGUGAAUGGGAUUCACUGUUCUACUGCGAAACACUGGAUUUAAAAAAUGACACUAAGACUUUGAAGGAGCAAUGUACUGUACAUUUGCCAUAUAAUUUAUAUUUAAGACCUUUUUUUAUUAAAAGUUUCAAAAUUUCGGGUUGCUGCUACAAUUAAAUGUAGUUUGUUGCCUGACCACAAUUCUCUAUUUUAGUAUUUUUUGUAAUUUGUACUGUAUUUUCCUUGCUAAUAUUGAAGUUACAGACCAUUUAACUCUUCUUUUGUGUUCUACUGAGUAAACUGACUUGUUGACUGUGAAAGUGAAUUUUUCUUUUUUUAUUUUUCCUGCUGUGUUGAACAAUCCAGGA